UCCAGCCCCGCCCUUGCUGGCUCUAGUUUCUGAAUCAGGACAGCAGUAGCAUGUUUCUCCUGUCUUCCCACUCAUCAGGAAGCCUGGUUUGUGGGCUGGGGGAAGCCGCAGCCUCUCUCACCUGACACUCACUGCCUCUAGCUCAUUGGCACCGGCAUAGGUUCUGGAACCCCACGAAGCUGUCAACAAAGCCCCUUUCCUGACCCGUGACCAGAAUCUGGGGAGUGGAGAGAGGAAGAAACAGACUUGUGAGAGAAGACACACCAUAAUACUGCCCCAUUACCCAACGUGCUUCUAUGCGAUGCUAGGACUCAAUCCACAGCUUCAUGUAUGAGCCAGACUUCACACUGAGCAGCUGCAGACGGAAAAAUCAGAGAAAGCACCAGCCAGCCCCAGAUUCCGAGGGGCCUGCUGGGGACUCUCUCCUGCCUGGGAAGGAAGAGUGCCAGGCCACCGGCUUAGGCCAGGUCCUGUCUGCCAUGGGAUUCGCAGCUGCCGCCCCCUGGCUGCCCUCUGCACAGCCAGGCAGAUAGAUAAGGGGCGCUGCCCCCCCCCCACACACCUGCUGCCCCCUGCCGGGCUGCUCCCUUGCGGCCAGCCCUUCCUCACUUUGGGCGCCUCUGCUGACCUGAGGCCAUGUAGGCCCAAUAGGGGUCUCUGUGGACAGACACGCCUCUGCCUGCUGGGGACACCGCCUCUGCUGUCUGGGGGACCCAGUGCAUCACCAUGCUCUGGGGACUGGCCAGGCUGUACUAUCUCUGGACCCUCCUGGGCAUGGCUUUGGGGCACAAGGGCUUGGAGGUGUGGCCCCUGACCCAGAGUGAGGAGUGCGAGGUCACCGGCUUUCUGCGGGAGAAGCUGCAGUACAAGAAUCGCCUUCAGUACAUGAAACACUACUUCCCCAUCAACUACAGGGUCAGCGUGCCUUAUGAGGGGGUGCUCCGAGCGGCCAACAUCACCAGACUGAAAGCACAAGUGAGCCAGCAGGAGCUACGGUAUCUGUGGGUCUGGGUGAGUCUCAGCACUACUGAGUCAGUGCAGGAGGUACUGCUGGAAAACCACCCGUCCUGGAAGUACCUGGAAGAGGUACAGACACUACUGCAGAACAUCCAGCGAAGCCUUCUGAGCACUACUGAACUCUGUCUUAUGACCAUGUUGGAGACUGCACCUGGGACCUUGGAGCUUCAGGGUGUGGAGGUCAGUCCCAAGGUGGAUACUUUGUUAUCACUCCUGAGUGCCUCAGGGCUGAACCUGAAGCUGGUACGACCCAAAGCCCUGUUGGACAAUUGCUUCCGUGUCAUGGACCUGCUGUACUGCUCUUGCUGUAAACAAAGCUCCAUUGUAACGUGGCAGAAUUGUGAGCUACCGAGCCCCCAUCCCAACAGCCCAGAGCCCUUGUCACAGUGCAUGGCCACCCAGCUGUAUCCCCCAUCCCAGCAGCCCCCAGUCUCUCUGUGGCACUCCUCAGAAGACAAGGCUGGACCCCCAGCUUAGUGAUGCUGCUGAGGACCUGUGUGUGACCUGGGGGGCAGAGAGGGGCAGCUACUGCAGGAGUGGGUGGUAGUGGGGAUCUCCCUAGUGGUAGAGGAGCCCCAGAAUGGUGUUCCUUUGAAGGGGAGUCUGUGUCCUACAGGGGCCCAGUCUCCAAUCUCCAGUAGUUCACAUGGUCUCGCCAGGAGCAGGGCUGCCUGGGGAGCACUUAAAGGUGGAACUCAGAGCUCCUGGCUCUUCCUGGUCACCUCCCUUGCCUGGAGGCCAUGGAAGAUGGUCCCCUGUGGCUUGUGGAGGUGGUGGACAGGUGGGCAGAUGGGGGAGCAACAUUCAGCAAGGCCAGGACAGGUAGUGCCCAAGCUACUUCUUGCCACAGCAAAUGUUCUUCUGGUUCCUUUUAUUAUUUUUUUUUUCUAUUAAACAUCUGCUUUGUUUU